AUGGAGGUACCCCAACCUGCAGCAAACGGCCGACCCGACGACCUGAUGGCAAGGCUCGUCGCAAUCACCAUCCAUGAGCUGACAGCAUGCAUCUCGUAUUGGCGUGACUAUGCCGCUUCCAAAGAUGCGCAGAUCCAGCAAAUGCACAAAGACUGCCAACAAUUGAAAGCACGCAACGCAGCACAGAGUCACACCAUCAAGGCGCAGGCCGAGCGCAUCAGGUGUCUGGAGUUCGAGGUGUCUCCUAUGGAAUUGUCCUGCAAUACCUUGUCGCCGGCAGCGUUUUCAAUGUCGCUCCAGGAGUCCAGACGCAAGAUGUCAGGUUCUGCUGUGGACCUGCAGCCAAGCUUUGGUGACGGCACGUUCGAUAAUGCCUUGCAGGAGACAUACUGUCACUCACCCGAUGACGAUGAAUUGAGUUUGGAUUGUGACGCCUUGGCUCCUUUGAUGGCGUUGGCAACGACUGCGGUGGAGGGCGUAAUCGAACAGCGUGCUGGAGCAGAAGAGGCGACGCAGAGCGAGGGCCUCAGCCCGGAGAAGAGGCGUCUGGAAGAGGCUGAUGUUAUUUCGAAGCGAGCUCGUCACGUUUGA